GUGACGCGCGCGGAAGCGGUCUGUGGUCCCUCGGAAGCUGCCGGGGCGACGGAGCGGCUACGGCCUCCGCCGGGCGCCCCGACGGGAGGGGCCCGGGAUCUCUCGGACCCCGCUAAACGUCUGCUGGGCCGCCGCUGCGGGCGGCCGCAUGAGUCAGGGCACCAUGCCCCAGCCCGGAGCGUGGCCGGGCGCCGGCGGCGCCGAGACGCCGGCGCGGGAGGCGGGGGCCGCGGCGCGGGAGGGCAGGAAGGCGGCGGCCGGCGGGCUGCCGCGGCCCGGGACGCAGUGCCCCGCCGAGCAUGAGGAGGACAUGUACCGUGCUGCAGAUGAAAUAGAAAAGGAGAAAGAAUUGCUUAUACAGGAAAGAGGGGCAUCAGAACCCAGGUUAAGUGUGGCUCCUGAAAUGGAUAUUAUGGACUACUGCAAAAAAGAAUGGAGGGGAAAUACGCAAAAAGCAACAUGCAUGAAAAAGGGCUAUGAGGAGGUUUCUCAGAGAUUCACCUCCAUAAGGCGAGUCCGUGGUGAUAAUUACUGUGCACUAAGGGCCACACUGUUCCAGGCCAUGAGCCAGGCAACGGAGCUGCCCCACUGGCUGCAGGACCCAGAGCUCACGCUGUUACCAGAAAAACUCAUAAGCAAAUACAGCUGGAUCAAGCAAUGGAAACUUGGACUGAAAUUUGUUGGGAACAGUGAGGACCUGGUUGAUAUAAUUACGAAGUCCCUCAUUCUGCUAAGGAAGAAGUGGGCAGGCUUGGCUGAAAUGAGAACUGCCGAAGCAAGGCAGAUAGCUUGUGAUGAACUGUUCACAAAUGAAGAAGAGGAAUAUAGCCUCUAUGAAGCUGUAAAAUUUCUAAUGCUAAACAGAGCCAUUGAACUGUAUGAUGAUAAAGAGAAAGGAAAGGAAGUACCAUUUUUCUCAGUGCUCCUGUUUGCUCGGGACACAUCGAAUGACCCUGGACAGCUGUUGAGGAACCACCUAAACCAGGUGGGACAUACUGGUGGCCUUGAACAGGUUGAAAUGUUCCUCCUUGCCUACGCGGUGCGCCACACCAUCCAGGUGUACCGGCUCUCCAAGUACAACACCGAAGAGUUCAUUACAAUCUACCCCACCGACCCACCCAGGGACUGGCCAGUGGUCACCCUCAUCGCCGAGGAUGAUCGGCACUAUAACAUCCCCGUCAGAGUGUGUGAGGAGACGAGUCUGUGAGAGACACGCACCUGGACAGCCUCGCGACAUGACCAAGGUGCUCCCCUUUGAAAGCCAGAAAAUACUUUCAGAAGCACAAACUAUCGGGAAUCUUACUUGUGGGUAUGCGUAAAAAUAAAUGCCUUUAUGUAAGAUCUAUGACUACUUAAAAAAAAAAACAAAACGAAAGGCCUCAGUGUAUGUGGAGUGAAUCUGAAAUGUAUGAAGCACGUAGAAUUCCCAAAUAGUUUAGCAAAGGUAGGCACAAUAUCAAGUAAUUUAAAAAUGGCCCAAGGAACUAUAAGAAGUGAACUGAAGAAGGAACUGAUUUAGAAUAAAUUUUAAAAUGUCAUUUAAAAACAAAACAGAUGCCAGACAGAUCUUCUGUGCUUAAGUUAUAAAAGGAUAAAAAUCUGAAUAAAUAGAAGGACUUAUGUACAUGUAUUCUGCAAAUUGCUAUUUGUAAAAUCUAAGUCCCCUAUUUAACAGAAGUAUACUAUUUAAUGCUCAACUAUUUGGGAAGACCUCGUUUGUGACGUCUUCUAAGGGGGUGGAGAAACCAGGGUAGCCAAUGCUGAGUUAAGCAGUGGUGUAGUGAAUGUGUGAGUAAAGACACAGGCAACUGAUUGUUAAUGUUCUUGUAAUUUGUUUUAUACCUUAGAGCCAUGAAAAGCACAAAACUAAACGGGUUUGGCUGCCUGCUACCCUUGGCUUUUCUGGAAUUCAGCAGCAGUAGGGGUGAGGUGGGCUUGGCCAUGACCAGGAAGGGAGUGUGUGUGUGUGUGUGUGUGCACGCGUGCGUGCCCACAUGUGUGCAAGCGUGCCACAUGCAUGUGUGUUGGUCUGCAGUCACAGCAUGGCUUUCUUUAUGUGCACAUGGCCCCGAAACUUGGGAUCCAGCAAUAUUCUGGGAUGGUGGCGGCAAGCUGUCCCAUGUGAGUACAUUUUUUUCACAGUAAACUGAAAUUUAUUACUGGGAAUGGUGGAGCGGGCUAGUAUGUAUAAUUAAAAUACAUAGGGUGGCCAUUAAGUCUAGAGACAUUAAUUAUAUUGAAAUGUCAUACCAAUCAAUUUAUGAUGUAUGUCUGUUUCUAGACUUUAUGGCUGCCUAUUUAUUUAAGCAUUUUGAAUGCUCAUUAAUAGCAUUCAAUAGCAUUAAUGGAAGUGGACACUGAUUGGUGUUUUACCUCAGUUAAUCUCGUUGAUUUCUUAAUUAGAAGUUUGGGUCAGAAAUGAAGUUGCCAAAACAUGGGUCAAUACAAGGAAGGGACAGUGGGGCUCAGAAUAUCCACAGUCUUGGCAGUAGUUUUCCCAGUAACCACAAGUGGUUGAGCUUAAUUCUGAACUUCAAGAUAAUUUUUGUACUUAAUUUUAGGAGCUUUCAUUUAUACAUUGAAAAAUGCCUUUAUCUGUAUUCACAUAAAUGGUGCUAAAAAUGUGAUACCCCUACUAGGAACCUCAGCAGUCCAUAGUAAUGUUGGUUACUUCUGAAUAUGGGAACAAAGCCAAAAUGAAUGUACUUAAUAAGCCUCCUUCUCAUUUCCAUUGUUUUUAUACAAGUUUUUUGGUAUUGUUACCUGCAUUUCAGCAACUUUAACUUUUUCUAUUAUGAAUUUGGAGAGGAUAACAGCCCAAUUUGAGAACUUCUGUCAGUUGUGAUAGUGUUUUUCUUCCCUGGGGGGGUAGCACGCUGUGUGAAUCUAGCUGGCUCAUCUUGGCUUGUUUAGCAGUGUCUCCUCUGUUUACACUGUAAGAUGUACAGCAUGUGUCAAAAAUUUUGCUCGCUCUGAAAAACAUGCCCCUGGGUCUCUGGGCAGUUUGGGGCCUUGCUUCCCACCUGCAGACGCGGCCAGACGACUGGCUCAUGGGGCGGGCGUUUCCUCUGUCACUUGCUGAGUCUCUUGUCUUCACUGUCAGAGGCUGAACUAACUCUGGGACUAUGCUGUUGAUCCCCUUUUGCAAAUCCAGCCACUGAGGAUUGUAAAAAUAAAUAACUAAAAAUAAACCUAGAAGAUAAAACCCA